AUGUCUUCUUUCUUUCAAUUCUUACCACUUAGGGAUGAUAGAGCUUUUUAUCUAUUAAAUAGAAGUGCUGUUAAACCAAUAAUCCACACAACACGUUUGGAAUAUAUUAUUUAUAAUAUUCAUCCGAAAAGAAUUUUGCAUUUAAUAUUUCAUGGCAUAUUAGGAGCAUUUUCAUCAUCAUUGUUUUUGAAAUUAUUAUGUACUAAUUAUAGUAAUUUGUUUGAACCCUGUACAAAUGAAAGCAAAUACAUAUGCUUCUAUAAUGAGAAACAUCUUUUUGUCAUACUUCAUGGUCUUUGUUUGGGAUGUUUGUAUAGUAUUAAAUAUUUUCUCCAUUGGAAUUAUGUAGAGUUUCCAAUCAUACAACAACCAAAAAUUCAUACAAUAAAGCCAAAAUUAUUCCUUCUAAUCUAUGAAUCAUUAUGGGAUUCAUUAAAGUUCAUUCGCUGGAUUUAUCCAAUUUAUUGUAUUUCAGGAUCAUUUUUGAAGCAAUUUAUUUCUUCAUUUUUGGGAUUAGAAUGCAAUGAACAAUCAUCGUUAACAACAACAAAAUUGCUUGAUAUAGAAUUGUUUGCUAUUUGCUGGAUAUCUAGUUCAUUAUUAUAUUUGAAGUGGAAAAUAUUUAUUUGUUUGUUUCAAAUUUUCAUUACUGAGAAAUACACAUUUUCUAUUGAAUGCAGCAAUCCAGAAGAUAUGAAGAAAUAUAUUGUGAUUGGUCUUUGUUGUGAAGACUUUCCUCUUUAUCAGUAUUUAAGUUACAUUGAUUUAAACUCAUUAGCGAGGCACUCUUAUGAAAGACGUAAAGAAAUAUUUGGUAUUAGUCAACCAGGUGGCCAUCCAUAUCAUUGGGAUGCAAUAUUUUCAGAAUGCUCAAAACAAAUAAAUUCAUUUCUAACAAAGCUAAAAGAAAAUUAUAAUUCAAGCAUAUUUUCAACAGGUUAUCAUUCAGAUGGUCCCUCAUCUUUAUCAACAUCAACUUUUUGGAUGAAAUUUAAAAUGUAUUUUAUAAUGGAAUUGCCUGGAUUGAAGUCAAGAAAGUUGUAUAGCCAUCAAGUAAUCUUUUCAAUAAAAGCUCUCUGUCAUUUAGUUUCCUUUUCUUAUAAUGAAGAUAAAUACGGUGUAGUUCAAAGAUCGUUAUCAGAAAUACUUUACCUGUUGUUUUCUCUUCAUGAGACAAUGGAAAAAGAGAAAAUUCCUAAACAACAUAAAGAUAUGUGUGAAAUUGAACAUUUUCGACAGUGCAUAACAAAUGGUAUAUAUCAUAUCGUGUACACUUUCAAAGACCAUCUACAUUCACUGCCAUUGUCACCUGAAGAUCAUAAACGUGUGGAUAAGUUUUUGAGCUUUAUGGAAUGAUUAUUUGAAAUACAAUUUAAAUCUGUUCACAGCUUUGUUAUGUAAAGUUAUUUAAAAUGUAUCUAAAUUGAUAUAUUUUAACAAUUUUUAUAUUUAUAUCAGA